GUGAACCACCACCACCCCGAACCCGAGCAUUUUCGCUCUCGAUCAUCAAUCUCACAACCAGCACCCACCUCUGUUUCACUCACAAUGCCCUCCCACGACCUCGACCUCCUCAUCCUCGGCGCAGGCUGGACCUCGACCUUCCUCAUCCCCCUCCUCCAAUCCCACAACCUCACCUUCGCCGCCACCACCCGCGACGGCCGCAAAGUCGCCGGCGCCGACACGAUCAAAUGGUCCUUUGACCCGUCCGCCUCUGUCACUGAGAAGAAAAAUCAAUUCUCUUCCCUCCCUACUGCGAAACACGUCCUCAUCACCUUCCCCCUCACCGGCACCGGCCAAUCCUCCACCCUGAUCCACGGCUACGAAAAGGCUCACGGAGUGAAAGCGGGCUUCAUCCAACUCGGAUCCACGGGAAUCUGGCAGAUCCCCCGCGGCCACGACGAAGGGGUGUGGGUCACGCGGAAGACAAAGUACGAUACCUCCAACGCGCGGGCUGUGGCGGAGGAUGAAUUGCUCAAGCUGGAUGGAUGCGUGCUCAACCUCGCGGGACUGUGGGGUGGGGAGAGGGAUGCGAGGAAUUGGGUGCCGAGGGUGGCGACGACGAAGGAGGCGGUGAAGGGGAAGAAGAGCGUGCAUUUGGUACAUGGGGAGGAUGUUGCACGAGGGAUUGUGGGCGUCAUCACGAGGGAGUGGAAGGUGAGUAAGGGGCAGAGGUGGAUGCUGACGGAUGGGUUCGUGUAUGAUUGGUGGAUGUUGUUUGCGCGGUGGGCGGAUGUGGGAAGAGGGGAGGAUGCGGGGAGGAAGCCGUCGGAGCAGAGUCGAUGGGUGUAUGAGUUGAUGCGAGAGGAGGGUGUCAGAGCUUUGCCGAGGAGUAUGGAGACUUUGGGAAGGGCGUAUGAUUCGAGGGAAUUCUGGGAGACGUAUGGAUUGAGUCCGUUGAAGGCGGGACUUUGA